AGAUUUUGUAAUGAGAAUCUGAGAUAUAUGGUCUUUUUUCAAGAGACUCAGUCUACUGUCUACCCUGGAAGGAAUUACAGUUAGUACCUCCAUAGCCAACGAAUUGUGUGUUGGAGAAAAGAUUGAAGUAGUUUUGAGUUGGCCAUCUGAAUUGAGUGCUGUGAAUAAAAAUCAUAUUAGUAAUAGUAAAGAUGGUGAAGGAACUUUGGCGCGAGUUGAACCAGUCCAAAUCUAUUUCCCACGUGAGUUUUGGCAUGAUGUCCAGUGGGGAGAUGAUGAGGGUAUCCCAUGUGCCCUGUGUGGACAAGGACAUGUACUUGGCAGACCAGAACCACUCCCCCACUCCACAUGGGGUGCUGGAUCCCAGACUGGGUGUCUGCGGAAAAGGCAAAACAUGCUCGACAUGUAACCUCAGUUUUGAAGACUGUAUCGGUCAUUUCGGCGUCAUCGACCUUGAACUUCCUGUUUUUCACGUGGGAUACCUCAAGUCAAUCAAACAGGUGCUGACUUCCAUAUGUAAAGUGUGCGCACGUGUUCUGCUGAAGACGGAUGACGUUGCAAAGUUCCGUAAACAGGUGCUGAGACCCAAUCUGACUUACUUGCAGAAGAAACAAAUCAGAAAGACAAUCUAUGAGCGAGCCAGAAAGAACGCCAUCUGUCCUUACUGUGGAGCGAAGAACGGACAGAUCCUCAAAAUUGGCGCUCUUAAACUGGUUCACAUGAAGUACAAGGCCUCGACAUCUUCAGGUGGUGCGGCCUCCAAAGCCAGCAAAGACAGAAUGAGUGAAAGUGUGCGGAAGGAUUUCGAGAAUGUGUUAGCGAAUCAUAAGGAUAUUGAUGAGACUAAAAUUCAGGAGCCUUUAAACCCAGUGAUGGUUUUGAGUCUAUUUGAGAAGAUAAGGGAUGAAGAUAUCGCACUCUUACUCAUGAACAAGAGUGUGGGCAAGCCGGCGGACCUGAUUUUGCAGAAAAUACUAGUGCCUCCACUCUGCAUUCGCCCGUCGGUGGCGUCCGACUUCAAGGCGGGCACACGGGAGGACGACUUGAGUGUGAAGCUGGCAGAGAUCAUCUUCCUCAACGACAUCAUUCGCACACACUACAAGAAAAACGCCAGAACUCAGAUGGUGAUGGAAGAUUGGGACUACUUGCAGUUACAGUGUGCACUCUACAUCAACUCCCAGACGCCAGGAAUCCCCACCCAGUACCAGCCCAAAGUUGCCCUCAGGUCCCUCGUCCAGAGACUCAAGGGCAAACAGGGCCGCUUCAGGGGGAAUCUGUCGGGCAAGAGGGUGGACUUUUCGGGCAGGACAGUCAUAUCACCCGACCCAAACAUGCGCAUAGACCAGGUGGCAGUUCCAGUGUACGUGGCAACCAACAUGACUUACCCGCAGAGAGUGACUAAGAGCAACCUGGCCAUGCUGCAGAACAUGGUCAUAAAUGGCCCUAGGAAGUGGCCUGGCGCCAACUACGUGGAGAAGAAGCCCACCAAACACAGUCCCAAGGAGGUCAAGUUCCUGGGGUACGGAAAGCGUGAACUAGUCGCCAAGGAUCUCCAGUUCGGAGACAUCGUGCAGCGACAUGUGAUAGACGGGGACAUGGUCCUGUUCAACAGACAACCUUCUCUGCACAAACUCUCAAUCAUGUGUCACAGGGCAAAGGUCAUGCCCUUCCGCACUUUCAGGUUCAACGAGUGUGUCUGUGCUCCUUACAAUGCGGACUUCGAUGGCGAUGAGAUGAAUCUGCAUGUGCCUCAGACCGAGGAGGCCAGGGCAGAGGCCAUGAUCCUCAUGAAGACCACAGAGAACAUGGUGACCCCUAAAAAUGGAGAGCCUGUGAUCGCUGCUACUCAGGACUUCUUGACUGCCUCUUACCUCAUGACUUUCAAAGACACUUUCUUCGACAAGACCAGAGCCAUGCAGAUCAUUGCUUCCAUCUUAGUCGGUCCAGACGAGCACUUGGUCAUAGAACUGCCUAGACCCGCAAUUUUGAAGCCUAUUCGACUAUGGACUGGAAAACAGAUUUACAGUCUGAUCAUCAAACCUAAUUCUGCAUGCACAGUCAAAGCCAAUCUGAGGUGCAAAGGAAAGCAGUACAAAAGUAGCAAAGAAGAUAUGGACUCGGAUGACACGUUUGUGGUUGUCCGCAACUCGGAAAUUAUGUGUGGGCUUAUGGAAAAAGGUGUUCUGAGUUCUGGCUCCAAGGACAAUCUGUUCUACGUGUUGUUGCGGGACUAUGGCUCCAAAGUAGCGGCUGAUGUCAUGUUUCGAAUGUGCAGAAUAUCCGCAUUCUUCCUCAUGAACAGAGGCUUCUCUAUCGGAGUAGGCGACGUCCGACCAGGAAUGCAGCUGAACAGUGCCAAAGCCGAAUUGAUCCGAGUGGGCUAUGCUAAAUGUACAGACCUGAUUGAACAGGCCAAACUAGGCCAGCUAUCAACCCAACCGGGAUGCACGCCGGACGAAACUCUGGAAGCUAAAAUUCUAAAAGAACUUUCAACAAUUCGAGACCAAGGAGGAAAAGCGUGCAAGGCUAAUCUACCGCACACGAAUAGUCCACUUAUAAUGUCACUUGCAGGAUCAAAAGGGUCUUUCAUUAACAUAUGUCAGAUGGUAGCGUCAGUUGGUCAGCAAGCUCUGAGUGGAAAACGGGUCCCUAAUGGUUUUGAAAGUCGGUCGUUGCCUCAUUUCGCGAAGGGAUCCAAAGAACCAGAAGCGAAAGGUUUUGUGGCCGACAGUUUCUACUCUGGCCUGACCCCCACGGAGUUCUUUUUCCACACGAUGGGGGGUCGAGAAGGACUUGUGGACACAGCUGUGAAAACGGCAGAGACGGGAUACAUGCAGAGAAGGUUGGUCAAGUGUCUUGAAGAUCUGUGUGUGCACUAUGACACCACUGUGAGGAAUUCGACCAAUGAGAUUGUCCAGUUCACCUAUGGGGCUGAUGGUCUGGACCCAUGCUACAUGGAGGGUGAUGAUAAACCAGUGCAUUUUGAACGUCUCUGGAACCACAUGUUGUGCUCGGUACCUGUUGAACAAAACGAACGACCUCUAACUCAUGCAGAUUUGAUAGUCAUCACAGAAAAACUUCUUAUGAAGGAAUCCAAGAUAUCACAAGUGUUCAAAGAUGACAUUCGAGGAUUUGUAGGGAAGUUUGCGAGUAAAUUGAAGGACCUGACAGCCAAUGUUGUGAAUGAUCCUGUUGCUAGUUCUCUUUGGAAAGAAAAUAAAUCGUCAUUGCUUCAAAUUUAUUUUGUCACUCAGAAACAGCUGGAAAAUUUUGUCACUGAAGCAGCGGUAAGGUACGAAAAAUCAGUAAUAGAGCCAGGAACGGCAAUUGGAGCAGUAUGUGCUCAGUCCAUAGGAGAGCCGGGAACUCAGAUGACUCUGAAGACGUUCCACUUCGCUGGAGUCGCUAGCAUGAACAUCACUUUGGGUGUCCCUAGAAUCAAAGAGAUCAUAAACGCCACGAAAAACAUUUCAACUCCCAUCAUAGAAGCCGGUCUGUGUGAUGAGCGGGACUCAAAGUACGCGCGGGCUGUGAAGGGGAGAGUGGAGAAGACUUUUUUGGGGGAAGUGUGUGAUUUUCUGGAAGAAGUCUACCUACAAGAUGACAUAUUUAUCCUCGUGAAAGUUUCAAUGAAAAGAGUUAAAAUUCUGCAACUUGAGGUUAACUGUCACACGAUAGCAGCGUCUAUUCUGGAACAACCUGUGAAAAAGAUUGGCUGCAAACUGCAAACAGUGAAAGUGUUGUCAUCUGAGAACUGUCUGUUGGUUUAUAUUGACUUGGCCAAUAGCAAGUACAGCAUAGCACACACUGUCACCCUUGUGAAGGAAAACUUGGCAAAGGUCAUCGUUAAAGGUCUAGCGGAAGUGAAUCGGGCUGUGGUGUCAAUUGAUGACUCAGUGAACCCCCCUGUGUACAAACUGAUAGUGGAGGGGGAUGACUUCGACAAAGUCAUGUCUACUUACGGGGUGGAAUUUAGACGCACCAAGAGCAACAACACUUUUGAGGUUGCGCGGACAUUGGGAAUUGAAGCAGCGAGAUCCACAAUUAUUAACGAGAUCAACCACACCAUGUCUAGUCACGGAAUGUCAGUGGACAUCCGACACGUCAUGUUGCUGGCUGACCUCAUGACUUACAGAGGUCAAAUAUGCGGAAUGACUCGUCAAGGUCUCUCCAGUUUCAAAGACAGUGUGAUGAUGUUGGCGUCUUUUGAGAGGACUUCUGACCACUUGUUCGAAGCAUCCUACCACGGACAGACUGACUGCAUCAGUGGCGUGAGCGAGUGCAUCAUCAUGGGAAUCCCGAUGCGGGUGGGCACUGGACUGUUCCAGCUGCUCCAGAAGGUCCACUGGCAGCCAAAGCAAACUAGACCUCUUUUGUUUCAAAACGCAAUCAAAGCUAAUUGAUUUGCCUCAUCUGUUAUGGAGAAUUGCAAAAAGUUGAAACAGACAGACUUAAUUUAAAAAUUUAAAACAGCAAAUGAUCAGUUUUGAAAAAAAACUAU